CAACCAACCAACAGGUACAUAUUUCAAUUGCAUAAUGUUUAUGGUAGCUUCAUCCGUUGUGUCAACGAUUUUAAUAUUAAAUUAUCAUCAUCGAAAUGCUGAUACACACGAAAUGUCCGAAUGGAUACGUGUGGUAUUUCUAUGCUGGUUGCCCUGGAUCUUACGUAUGCAUCGACCAGGUAGACCUAUAAUAUUGGAUUUUUCUUCAACACCCUGUUCGGAUACUUCAUCGGAGAGAAAACAUCAAAUUUUAAGCGAUGUGGAACUCAAAGAGCGCUCCUCGAAAUCAUUACUGGCCAAUGUUUUGGAUAUUGAUGAUGAUUUUCGUAAUGUAAGGCCCAUGACUCCAGGUGGUACACUGCCUCAUAAUCCAGCAUUUUAUCGUACAGUUUAUGGACAAGGUGAUGAUGGUAGCAUAGGUCCCAUAGGCAGCACCCGAAUGCCGGAUGCUGUAACGCAUCAUACAUGUAUAAAAACACAAACGGAAUAUGAAUUAAGUUUAAUAUUAAAGGAAAUACGUUUCAUCACGGAUCAGGUAUGUUAUUACGGCUUAAGUUAGAUUGUAGAAAAAAGGUUUAGU